AUGGCUAACAUAGAAAUGAGAAGAGCUCUGGAAGACUGUCUCCAGAUAAUAAACGACAACACUUCCCAGCCAGAAAACUUUCUGAGUCUUCAAGAUGGACCUGCAGCUAAAUUUACUUCCCUCACCAAGACCCUGUAUGACCUCCAGAAAUCUCAGGAGCCGGCAGGAUACAAGGGCAGCCCGCUAGCUCAGUUGGUUGUGGAAAACUUUGAUGAGGAGCAGAUUUGGCAGGAGCUGGAGCUGCAGAACAAUGCUGUAAUGAAGCAUUUUAAAAAUGCCAUUGAUGAGGCUUUAGUUAACAAACUUACUUUGCUGUCAGAUGAUGAUGAUGAAGAAGAAGAAGAGGAGGAACAUGACGAAGAAGAGGAGAAUGGAAAGGAGGAAGGAGAGACGGAUGAAGAAAGUGACACUAAACAGUCUUCUAAACAACAAAACAAAAAGCUGGCAGAGAGAGAAAGAGACUCUGAUGAUGAAGAUUCUGAUAUAGAUUUUGAUAUGGAUGCUCUUGAGAAACGAGAAAAGCAAAAGAAGCAAGGCCUGAGGACUGGGCCCAAAGGGAAAGUUGUUCCCUCUGAGGUCGAUGAUAAAUUCUUCAAACUGUCAGAGAUGGAGUCCUUUCUCGAUGAGAUGGACAAACAGGAGGAAAAGGAAGAGGGAGAGGAUGAUAUUAACUACUUUCAGGACCUUCCUUCCGAUGAGGAUGAUGAUGAUUUGGACUUGGAAGAGAUAAUGUCCUCCAAAAAGAAAAAGAAAAACACCGCAAAGAGCUCCAGGGAUCUCAAGUACACUGACUUCUUUGAUGCGGUGGACAGUGAAGCAGCUAAAACUGAUGAGCAGUCUGAUGGAGAGGAUGACGAGAUGGCGGAUAGCCAAGAUGAUGAUGAAGAAGAUGAUUAUGAUGAUGAAGAUGAGGCUGAUGUUGAAGACGAGAAUAGAGGUUCAACUAAAGCAUCUCAAAAGAAGGUGACUUUUGACCUUUCUGUGGAAGAGGACGAGGAGGAGGAAGAAGACAGCGAGGGAGAGGACAUAGAAGAAAUACUUGGAGGAAAGAGUACGAACUCUGAGAAGUCAGAAGUCAAGUCAUCUUAUGAGAAGCGACAGGAGAAGAUGUCCCAAAAGAUCCAAGAGCUGGAGAACGCAGCUCUGGCAGAGAAACCAUGGCAGCUAUCUGGAGAGGUAACGGCGCAGACCCGUCCAGAAAACAGUAUGCUGGAGGAAGAUGUGGAGUUUGAUCAGGCAUCAAGAAUGGCCCCUUCCAUCACUGAAGAGACCACCCUCCUGCUUGAAGACAUUAUCAAACAGAGAAUCAAAGACCAAGCAUUUGAUGAUGUAGAGCGUAAAGAAAAGCCUAAGGAGGAAGUUUUUCAAUACAAAAAGCGACUGACUUUGGACCAUGAAAAGAGCAAGCAGAGUCUAGCAGAAAUCUAUGAGCAAGAAUACAUCAAACAGACUCAGAAUAAGACAGAGCAGGAGGAGAACCCAUCUCAUGUAGAGAUUCAAACGCUAAUGGACACCCUCUUCUUGAAGCUGGAUGCCCUUUCCAACUUCCACUUCACCCCAAAACCACCUGUUCCAGAAGUCAAGGUGGUAUCUAACCUCCCAUCCAUUACUAUGGAGGAGGUGGCUCCAGUCAGCACUAGUGAUGCUACUCUCCUUGCACCAGAAGAAGUCAAGGAGAAGAAUAAGGCUGGAGACUUACUGGGCGAUACUGAGAAGACAUCAACCGACAAGAAGCGUGAGAGACGGCACAAGAAGAAAGUGAAGCACCUGAAGAUUAAGGAGAAGGAGAAGAGGUUAAAGCUCAAAGAGGCCAGCAAAACCGGGGAGAACAAAAAGCCAUCGAAGGCUGAAGUCACUGAAAACCUAAAGAAACUCACAAAGGGAGGCAAAGCCACAAUACUAAAGGAUGAAGGAAAGGACAAGGCUCUGCGGUCCUCUCAAGCCUUCUUCUCUCAGCUACAGGACCAGGUCAAAAGUCAGAUCAAAAGUGCAAAGGAGCAGUCUUCAAAGAAGAAGAAGAAAAAGGAUGUCUCUGUCAGCAAACUCAAGCUGUAAUGACGGAUGUCUUUUUUUAUGUUGACCCUUUUUUUUAUUGUACAGUUUAUUUUUAUUAAACAGUUGCAAUACACCAAACCUAAAA